AUGUCGGUGGAUUUUAAACUUCUUUUCUUCCCCAACCUUGUUCAGCAACCUAUCUCAACUCUCCAUGCUGCUCUUGCUGUGCUCUUCGUGGUCACUUGUUUCUUUUGGCUUUCUCCCGGCGGGCUUGCAUGGGCCUUGGCAAAGUCCGUUGGUGGGACAGUUAUUCCUGGCCCGUUGGGCCUACCUCUACUUGGUCUCCUUCGUGUCUUCAUGGGGGAGACACCGCACCGUGUCCUUGCUAAGUUGGCCCAGACCUUUCGGGCCAAUAAGCUCAUGGGCUUUUCAGUGGGCUUAACCCGGUUCGUCAUCUCAAGCGACCCGGCAACUGCUAAAGAGAUUCUGGGAAGCCCAGAUUUUGCAGACAGGCCCGUAAAAGAGUCGGCUUAUGAGCUCCUCUUUCAUAGGGCAAUGGGGUUCGCACCGUACGGAGAAUACUGGAGGAACCUGAGGAGGAUCUCGUCGACCCACUUGUUCUGUCAAAAGAGGCUCACGGGCUUCGAAGGGUUCAGGAGAUCAGUUGGCUUGAACAUGGUGAAAGAUUUCAAGUCCAUGAUGGGAGAGAAGGGACACGUUGAGGUGAAAAAGGUGCUUCAUUUCGGGUCCUUGAACAAUGUAAUGAUGAUGGUGUUUGGGAAGUGCUAUGAAUUUUUGAAUGGUGAUGAUGGUAAUGGUGUUAUGCUUGAAGAGCUUGUUAGUGAAGGGUAUGAGUUGUUGGGUGUUUUUAACUGGAAUGACCAUUUUCCUGUUCUCGGGUGGAUGGACCUUCAGGCUGUGAGGAGAAGGUGUAGGUGUUUGGCUUCAAAGGUGAAUGUGUUUGUUGGGAAGAUUAUAGAGGAUCAUAGGGUGAAGAGGAUUUCCGGUGAGUAUGUUGCUGGUGAAACCGUUGGAGACUUCGUUGAUGUCUUGCUUGAUUUGGAGAAAGAGAACAAGCUCACUGAUUCUGAUAUGAUUGCUGUUCUUUGGGAAAUGAUUUUCAGAGGAACGGACACAGUGGCCAUCUUACUGGAAUGGGUACUUGCAAGAAUGGUUCUUCAUCCAGAUAUGCAAGCCAAGGCACAAGGCGAGAUUGAUGAAGUGGUUGGGUCAAGGCCGGUUUUGGAUAUUGACAUACCCAACCUGCCUUACCUACAGUGCAUUGUGAAGGAGGCCCUAAGGUUACACCCACCGGGGCCACUUCUUUCAUGGGCCCGUCUUGCCAUACGCGAUGUCUUCAUUGGGGACAAGCUCGUACCGGCUGGAACCACAGCGAUGGUUAACAUGUGGGCCAUAACGCACAAUGAAGAUGUGUGGCCGGAACCUGACGUAUUCAAGCCGGAGAGAUUUAUGGAAAUGGAAAGAGAUGUGAAUAUAAUCGGCUGUGAUCUUAGGCUUGCUCCUUUUGGUGCUGGGAGAAGGGUGUGCCCAGGAAAGUCCAUGGGCCUGGCCACCGUUCACCUCUGGUUUGCUCAGCUUCUCCAGGGCUUUCAGUGGGUCCCGUGUGAGGAAAAGCCUGUGGACUUGUCUGAGUGCCUCAAGCUUUCAAUGGAAAUGAAGUCGCCCCUUAUUUGCAAAGCUGUUCCUAGGGUUGUUGCUUGA